AUUCAUAUCAUAUGAUUAAUAAAAUAAUUAUAUUUUCCUUGAAAAAAGCGCCACCACUAAAGUUUGAAAUCACAAUUCCCCGCCAAACCAAAUACUGCUGAAUUUCUCAUUCUUUGUCCCCAAUCUCCCAUUAGCACCUGCUCAGUCCAUGCGUAACUUGCAGUUUAUGCAGAAUAGAGGGAAGAAAGAGCGGAACAAUGGAGAGUGGAAUGAUAUCAGUGGAUCGUUGGAGCAGGGGAAGCCAAGUCUACUUCCUAACUCACCUUCACGCCGACCACGUACGUGGACUUACUCCGAACUGGACACGCGGACCCCUUUACUGCUCACGCAUCACUGCUAAGCUCUUUCCCAUCAAAUUCUCAGGCUUCGACCUUUCUCUCAUUCGCAUUGUUGAAAUUGGUCACUGGCACUCUGUUUCUCUACUGUCUCCUUCCUCGGGUUCUUCUACUACUGUCUAUUUCAUGGCCAUCGAUGCUCAUCAUUGCCCCGGAGCAAUGAUGUAUCUGUUUCGUGGUGAAUUUGGCUGCACGCUCUAUACUGGGGAUUUUCGUUGGGAGAGCACAAGUGAGAGAGCACAAAAUGGAAGGACCAUGCUGCUUAAUGCUCUGAAGGAUUUACAGCUUGACAUGCUUUACUUGGAUAAUACUUACUGUAACCCUACAUACUCAUUUCCUUCUCGUGAAGUUGCAGCUAGACAGGUUUUAAGCAUCAUAUCUAGUCACCCUAAUCAUGAUAUUGUCAUUGCCGUUGAUACACUGGGGAAAGAAAAUCUUCUGUUGUACAUAUCACGUGUCCUGAAAACAAAGAUUUGGGUGUGGCCAGAACGCUUACAAAUUAUGCAUCUUCUUGGGUUCCAUGAGAUCUUUACGACUAAAACUUCACUAACAAGGAUUCGUGCUGUUCCUCGUUAUAGUUUUAACAUUGAAACUCUGGAGGAACUGAAUACGAUACGUCCAACCAUAGGGAUCAUGCCAUCUGGUCUCCCUUGGGCGCAAAAAUCUGCCAGAGGAAAGGACAACUUUUCCUUUACAUGGCACACAAAUAUUACCACCUCCAUUAGCACAAGCAAGACAAUUGGAGGUUCACUAACUGCAGGGAGUUAUGAUAAGUACAUAUAUAGAGUUCCAUAUUCUGAUCACUCAUGCUUUCCCGAGUUAGAAACAUUUGUUGAGUUUCUCAAGCCAAUUAAUAUCAAAGGCAUUGUAUCUUCAUCUACUUCUUAUGUGGAACCCCUUUACCACUUUGGACACCUUUGUCGGACCCAGCAAGAGUCAGAGUUCUUAUUUCAGAAGCUGAGAAGUAAAGGAUGUGAAAAAGUUGAAGUUAUUCAUGCAAAGUCUCCCUUUGGAGACACCAGUACAGUGCCAUUAGGGAGGAAAAGGAGAAUAAGACGAAUUUUUAGUACAGGUAAUCAUGUUAGUAGGGUGAGGUUGUUGAGAAGAGAGAGGCAAGGAGUAAAGAUUGUGGACAGAGAUCCUGAUUAACCUUCUACAUGUCCUCCACAGGUUUUUUUUUUAUAUACACAGGUUCUGAAGUUAAUCCAUUGUGUGUAAUGAUGUAGAACUUCCUUCCACCAUAAAAGAGACAUUAGAAGCAGAAAAGGAAUCUUUGCUUAGA